UUAUGUGGAGUUUCAAACAGCAGGUCUGUCAAAGACUAGGAGGUCAGGUCCUCCACGGUUAAGAGGCUACCAAGGACUGAAGCUCUCUGUCCAAUAGUGACUCUUGAAGCAUAUGAGAAGGUCACUCAACCAUUCCGAGGUGAUACCACUAUGGAAAAGUCAUCUCAACUCUUCUUGUCUCUUAAGAAGCCUCAUAAUCAGUACUAUUGGUCGGUGGAUAAAAUCUCUUUUGACUGAUGCUGGUGUUAACACCUCUAUUUUUGGUGCUCAUUCCACAAGAGCUGCCUCCAGUUCAGCAGCCAAGAAGGUAGGAGUACCUCUUAUUGAUAUAAUGAAAGCAGCUGGAUGGUCUAGAUCCUCCACCUUUGAACGGUUUUACUACAAACCUAUCUUAUCUCCUCAGGUUGGAGACAUUUUGCUUUCAUCAGAGGUCCCCUCUAGUGAUGACCUGGGGGCAGUUCGUAGCUGUAUGACAAUUUUCUUGGUCUAAUGGUGUUCCUGACUGUUUGUCAUUGGACUAAUACUAGUACUACUAUUAUUAUUAUUACUACUAUGUUGUUCAUGAGAAUUAUCUAGAAAGCUAACUCUAAUUGUUCUUUUGCUAUUGGUCUCUUCAUAUUAUUAUUUUGAUUAUUAUUGGCAUACCUGUUUAUAUUAUGUAGUGUUAUCUUAUU